AUGGCUUAUGCGACAAACGGAACAGGGAAUGCAACUCAUACUCAACAGACUACGAGCAAUGCUGAUCGAUAUAGUCAAAUCAAAGAAAAUUUAAAACCACUUGAACAUAAGAAACAGGAGCUUGAAAAUCAAUUAAAUAUCGCGAAAAGAGAAGGAGAAGAUCUCGAAAAGAAAAUUCAAGUUUGCAAGCGUGCCGCUGAUGAACACAUAGCCGAAUUGCGUCGACUGAGCGACGAACUCAAUCGACUUCGAGCUGAUAUGGAACGGGUCGGACAAGAACUUGAAAACCUACAAGAUGAACAGAAACGGCUCGAACAUGAUCGUCAGCAACGUCAACAGGAAUGCAACCAACUACGAGAACAACUACGAGCCAAAGAACUUGAACUUUCACGACUUCAACGACAAUUAGAAGAACAGGAGGAGAACAAAAUUCAGUUAGAAGAACAACGUCGUAAUCUUGAACAAGAGCGUCAACAGAUGGAGCAAAGAAACCAACAUAUCACUCAACAGAUUCAACAGCUGGAACAACAAUCGAAAGACUUGAAUGCACGUUUGACUCAAUUGCAACAAGAAAUUCGUCAAACUGAAUAUGAUAUUGAGCGACUACAAGAUGAUCAACGUCGAGCUGAACAACAACUGGCUGCAAUCGAACAGAAAUGUACUGUCAUCGAAAAUAGAAAACAGGAGAAUGAAUUAGCUCGUGAUCGUCUUCAAGAAGAUAGUAAUAAAAUUGAAGAUCAGAUCCAUCGCAUCGAACAAAUGAUUGAUAUGCGACAAAAUCGACAGCAGGAACUUGAUCAACGCAUACGGCAGUUACAAACAGAGCAGAAUCAAGCUCAACAAGAACUCGACGAAUCAACACAACAGCUUAGGACUGCUGAGGAGAGGCUGGCAUCAUUCCAAUUCAUUGUUGAAAGAGUUCGACAGGAAGCCAAUGCAUUGCAAAGAAUCAUUGUCGAUGGGGAACGUCAAAUACAACAUCUACAGAGGCAAGAACAACAACUCGAAACAGAAAUUCAAGCGAAAAAUAACGAAAAAGCACAUUUGACUCGAGAACAAGAAGAAGUUACUCGAGAACUCGCACAUAAGAGAGAAGAAUUAAAUCGGAUCCAACAGCAACAUGAUAGACUUGGACAACAAGUCAAUGUUCUACAACAAGAACUGGAACGGGGCGAAGCAAGCUUUCAACGUCUCACAAAUGAAUGCGCUGUGUUGACAUCAAGACUGGCUCAAGAACAACAAACACUGGCACAAUUUCAAUCCAAACUUGAUAAUGAAACUAAACGGCAAUGUGAAGCGGAAAAAGUAGUUCGAAAUGAGGAGGAAGAAGUACGCAAGGCUGAACAAAAACUUCGCAAUAGCGAAACACAAGAAACACAAGCUCGAAAUGCCGAAGAUCAAGCGCGUCACGACGAAGAAAAAGCGAAGUUGGAACUUGAGACUGUCAAAAAAUUACUCGCCGAAGAGGAAGCUAAGCUAAAAGACUCUUGUCGGUGUGACGAGCUCGCGACUAAAGCAAAUGUUAACCGUCUAAAAAUAGAGGUCGAAAAAUCGACGCAGAUUGUUAGUGAUAAACGAAAUGCUCAUGAUGUGCGAAAAAAGAAUCAUCAUACUGCUCAAGACAAUACAAGUCACAGUCGAGCAUCGCUUCAACAGGCUCAAACAUCUCUACAAUCCGCACAAACACAACGUGAAAAUCAAAUGCAACGGGUUGCAGAGAGUACAAACAGAGUUAAUGGUCAGCGAGGAAUUGUCAAUACUAUCGAACACCAGUUGAAUGAUUUAAAAUGUCAGCAUUCCCAAGCUGAAGAGCAACUCGGAUGCAAACGCCACGAACUAGAUAACAUAAAGACAAAAUUUGAAAUAGAAGCGGAAAAGAUCAAUGGGCUUACGAAUGAUACUGUACAAUUGAGAAACUCUGUUGAAAGUCUCACAAAUCGAGUUCAACAGACUAAUAAUGAUUUGCAUCAAUUACAACAACACCUAUGCAACGCACAACAACAAAGCAUGAUGAAAAAGAACGAACAAACCCAACAACAAUUGCAACAUACAAAUAAACGUACUGAACUACAAAAUUAUGAACAAGAAAUUCGUCAACACCAGGCAGUUAUUCGUGAAAAUCUUGUUCUAACUCAGCGAGCACAAAAUCAGCUGGAGAAUAUCAAUGCGAAUAUCGCUAUGGUUGCUAAGAAUAUCUAUGAACUGGAAAAUGAAAAGGUUGAACAACAACGACUGCUACGAAAUGCACAGCAGCAUCAGCGAACAUUAGAAGAGGAGCGUAAUCGAAUUGAGGCUACAUUGGCCGCACAAGAACGUGAGAGACAACAACUUGACAAUGAAACACGUCGUCUAUCACGUGAUAUUAAUCAACGACAACAUACUCUCAAUGAAAAACAACAGGCAAUGACUACAUUACAAUCACAAGUGAACUUGACUCAAGCAGACUUAAUCGCACGGCAACAAGAACAUGCCAGUCGCGAACAACAACUGAGCAACAUUCAAGCUGCACUGGCGACCAAUCGUCGACAAAUCGCCGAUAUCGAGGCUCGAAGACGUGUAAUCGAACGUAACAUUCAGCAGACAACUGUAGUUGAAGAAAGUAAAUCGGGAUCGGGGAAUCCGAAUCUGAAGUCAGUUUCUCAAAAAAUUUGA